AUGCACAGACAACCUAAGAACAUAAAUGCUCCCCUAGAAGAGAAAGAAAAUGAGAGUAAACAUGCUGAAGAAAAGGAAGAGGCUUCUUUCCCUGCUCUGUCAAGAAAACAGAAGAUUUGCAAAGUGACCAAAUCAAAAGUCAUAAAGGCAUCCAAGAAGGAGAAUUUAAGUGAUGGGAACCAGGCACAGUUGCAAAAAUGCACCCUGAAGUACACCAAAGGCCUGGAGAAGGGGUCGUGCCACAACAGGGAGGAUGUUGUUAGCUCUCAGUUUACUGAGUGCUUUUUCAGUAGGCUGAAAGGGGAUGUGCUUGGUGAGCGUACCUUGCCUUUGAGCAGUAAGGAAAACCUGGCAAGAAUUAGACCUGUUUCUCUGGGGGAUGAGUGCUGCUUGACACCUAAGAAGGAGAAAGCAGAAGAAAAAUCAGGUUCUGGAAUAUCAGAGAAUCAGAGGAAAAAACCUGUUGAUUUUGCAACUGUGACAAUUGCUGAAUUUGGGAUCUCUCAAGAAAGUUUUACUAAACGAUCUCUAGGGAAGUCUCCACUUAGUCCAUUAAAAUAUAGACGAAGAUCAGCAAUUGGAGCACGAGGGUCACCAGAAAACAACUCCCUUAUUCAAUACCUUGCCCAGCAGAGAAGCAACAGGCAAAACCAAGCUUUUACACAGCAGGCUAGUCCUUUUAAAUAUGAGAAUGUCAGGUCGCUGAAGGACAAGAUAAAUGCUUUUCAAGCAUCUUUUAAAUCGGUGCAAGAAGCUGAACGGGAGACUGGCUUCUCUGGACGGUCACAAGUGGAUGAUGCUCCCCAGGAAGCUGGCUCUUCUCAGAACAAAGUACCUUUUACAGAAGAGCGGAACCUGGCUCAGUGGAGUGAAAAGUUCACGUUAGGCAACAGUGGAGAUGUUUUGAAAGAAAGUUUAAAACAUAAUUUGACCAACAGCAGUCGGUCUGCUGUCAAGAUAUGCACCAUUUUGUCUUCAGGCCAAGAUGUGACUGUCACCGAACCUGCUGCUGCUGUUUCAAAGGAACAGGUUUAUGAGCCACACAAUCCUAUUGAGUCGUUGGAAACUGUUCUAAUGAGAGAUAUCUUAGUCCAUGAUUUCAGUUCUGACCACAUCGCCAAAGACGUUAGAAGUAACGUGUCAGAUCUAAGCAGAAAGAAAGUUAGUUUUGCAGAAGAAGUGAGCCUGGAAAUAUUUGAUGAAAGCAAGCCACCUAUCACGCCACCUGUCACACCAACACAACCAGGAAAUAGUUCAUUAGAUGGACAUGGCUCCCAGCUGCGAUCCGUGUUGAAGAAAACACCAACGAAGCAGCUAAUGGAUGGCACCAAGGAAUACUCGAGCGAUGCAGUUCACGGAGGAGGAGGUGAAUGUUUGGCAGUCUCCAAUUGUGCAGGAAUCAUUGAAGCAUUGCAAACAGAGAAAACUGAAAGUCAUAGCUCCGAAAAGCCAAAGAAGAAGAGAGUGACUUUUGGAGAAGUUCUAAGCCCAGAAAUAUUUGAUGAGACUUUGCCUGCGAAUACCCCGUUGCGCAAAGGAGGAACACCGGUCCGGCAUCCAGGGCUGCAAAGCAGUAGCCCGUUUGCAUGGUCACGUCUCACUGAAGAGCCAUUACCCCAGCCAAACUUCGAUUGCAUUGAUGAAUGCAUUGAGCCUCUUGAAGUGUUAGUGGAGAGUUCUGUUGCUGCAGAAGACCCCUCACCUGUUGAAAAUGCAGAAGCAGAAACUGGCAAAUCUGAUAUGAUAACAACUCAUUCUGCUAAAAGGAAGCGUAGCGCCGUUUCAGAGGGGACAGAUUUGAGCAUCUCAGGAGCCACAGAUGCUAAGAAUGCUACAGAUACAAAAAAUCCAAGAAAGACCAAGUCUCAAAGACAGAAGAAUACAACCACACCUGCUGCCAAAAAGACACAGAAAAGUAAACAUACAGGCUAUGGGAAAAGAAGAAAGAAAAAAGUCAAAAAAUCUUUAUAUGGGGAAAGAGAAAUGGCUUCUAAGAAACCUCUUCUCAGCCCUAUCCUUGAAAUUUCAGAGGUUUUGUCUGCUGCCUCAUCUCCAAAAUCACCAAAGUCAAAUGCCUUUUUUUCAGAGGACAUAUUUGUAGAUAAAACCAAAUUCAGGAACGCUUGCGAGGACGUUCAACAGAAACCAGUGGUUGAAAGAAUGCAAGAGGAAAACCCCUGUGCAGUUCAUGUGAGCUCCAAGGACCCGGACACCGUAGAAGCCAGCAGCUCCAACGAUGCAGCGUUUCAGGGGUCGGAUGGUGAUCUGCACUCUGCUUCUGGCAUUGAUCAUAAGUUGUCAAGCAUUGUGCCAGAUGGGAAGUGUGAUUUUGAUGCAUCUGACUAUUUCCAGCAAGAGGAAGAGACUGCAUGUGUAAAAGAGGCAAAAGGAAGUGGUUCCUUGAUAGAAAACAAGAAAUUACAAGGAAAUCUCCUCAAUGAGGCAGAGCAGGUAACAGGGCUGGAAUUUCUGGAGCAACAAGACACCAGGGUACAUGAGGGUGCUCAAAGACCUCAGUGUCCACAGACGGAUUCUGUAACAGGUAGUCCACCAAGAAGAAGACGAAGAAGAAGUAGUGCCAUCUAUUUUCCUCCUGUUGAAAACCUGGAAAUAAAUGGAAACAGUUUUCCAGUUUCUUCUUUUAAUGUGGAAGAAGUUUUAUCUGCUCCUGUGCUAAGAAAUGACUCUUCAGAGCCUUUUAGAAGAGCGAGCAGUAGCAGUGGCAAUAAGAGAGUGAGGCGCAGCAUGAGAUUACAUAAAGAUGCAGAAAUUGAAGGGCUUGCGUGGAUUCAAGUACCCAGCGAGACUCAAAACAACCCUCCGCUGCUGGGUUCUGCUUGCAAAAUCAGGAGAAGAAUAAGCACAUCCAUCCUUACGGAAUCGGAGAACAUUCACCACCGAGAGCAAAAUCUCAUCCAGUUCUCAGCACCAGGGAAGGAGAACCAUGACUCUGUUGAUCUCACUGGUGGGCCUUGCAAGAGAUGGAGGAGAAGCCUGUGUGUAUCCACUCCUCGAGAGACAAAAGCUUGGUCUCAAACCCGAAGAAGGAGCAUAUCAAAUUCUGUAUAUAGGGAGGACAGAAGUAACCAAAAACACUCACAGGAGGUUCCACUUCAAUUG